CGAGGCAACAUCCAGAUGCUUAACACCUAAAUGGAACGUUUCGCAUUUCUUCUGCUCUUUGCCUUGGAAUCUUAGCUCUCUGCUACUAAUCUUCUUCUGCUGCUAUUAAAGGCCGCGCCCAAUCGCAAUCAAUGUUCAGUUCAGGGUUAGGGAUUCUGAUCGCGGUGGUUUUGGCGCCAAUCUUCCUGGGGAUAAUGUUUGCCGCCAAUAAUAGCAACAGUAGAACUUUCUCUACUGUGGUAUUGAUUUCGGUCGGUCUGUGCGGGGUUGUUGGCAGCUUACUCUACUAUAUGCUUCCGAGAAAGCGUCGCGAUGGAGCGGCGGUUUCUGACGAAGACCAUGCGGCGCACCAUCGGAUAGAUUACUCUGUAGAUUCGGCUGCCAAGGGUUGCGGAACAAGUAGCUGCUUCGUCGCGAACGACGGCGGCAGUGGUAGUGAUCAUAGUAAUCGCGGCAGUGUGAGAUCGGCUUCCACCAUAGGGUUUGGUGACGGGAAUUCGGGUGAUAUUGAUGAGGAUCUUCACAGCCGGCAGCUUGCUGUGUAUGGACGGGAGACCAUGCGGCGGCUUUUCGCUUCCAAUGUGCUUGUGUCCGGGAUGAAUGGGCUUGGGGCUGAGAUUGCCAAGAACCUGAUCCUUGCUGGUGUGAAGUCUGUAACGUUACAUGAUGAAGGACUUGUGGAGCUGUGGGAUUUGUCAAGUAACUUCGUUUUCUCUGAGAAAGAUGUUGGCAAGAAUAGAGCCCUUGCUUGUAUACAGAAGUUGCAGGAGCUCAACAAUGCUGUUGCGGUUUCUGCAUUGACAACAAGUUUGGCUAAGGAACAACUCGCUGAUUUCCAGGCUGUUGUAUUUAACAAUACAGGUCUCGAGAAAGCCAUGGAAUUUGAUAACUUCUGCCACAAUCAAAAACCGUCUAUUGCUUUCAUUAAGUGUGAGAGUAGAGGCCUCUUCGGUUCUGUAUUUUGUGACUUUGGACCUGCAUUCACUGUCUUUGAUGUUGAUGGAGAGGAACCACACACCGGCAUUAUUGCAUCCAUCAACAAUGACAAUCCAGCACUAGUAUCAUGCGUCGAUGAUGAGAGGCUCGAGUUUCAGGAUGGUGAUACUGUUGUUUUCUCUGAAGUUCAUGGGAUGACUGAACUGAAUGAUGGAAAACCAAGGAAGAUACGAAAUGCUAGGCCAUAUUCAUUUACACUUGAAGAGGACACCACAAAAUUUGGUGCAUAUGUGAAAGGUGGCAUUGUCACCCAGGUCAAGCAGCCAAAGCUAUUGAACUUUAAACCAUUAAAAGAGGCACUUAAAGAUCCCGGAGAAUUUCUUUUGAGUGAUUUCUCCAAGUUUGAUCGCCCACCUCUCCUCCACUUAGCAUUUCAGGCGCUAGAUAAAUUUGUUUCUGAGCUUGGUCGCUUUCCUGUUGCUGGUUCAGAAGAUGAUGCCAAAAAAUUUAUACAGUUAGCUGCUGAUAUGAACCAGGGAUUGGGGGAUUGGAGAGUGGAAGACAUUAACCCCAAACUUCUGCGACACUUUGCCUUUGGUGCUAGAGCUGUGUUAAAUCCUAUGGCAGCAAUGUUGGGUGGUAUUGUGGGUCAAGAGGUUGUCAAGGCAUGCUCUGGAAAGUUUCAUCCUCUUUUCCAGUUUUUUUAUUUCGACUCAGUGGAGUCACUUCCUACAGAGGAUAUUGAUUCCAGUCAGUUAACCCCAUUGAACAGCCGCUAUGAUGCACAAAUAUCUGUCUUUGGGUCCAAGCUUCAGAAGAAGCUAGAGGAUGCCAAGGUGUUUUUAGUUGGAUCUGGUGCACUAGGCUGUGAAUUCUUGAAGAACCUAGCACUUAUGGGAGUCUCGUGCGGUGAAGAAGGAAAACUCAUUGUAACCGAUGAUGAUGUGAUUGAGAAGAGUAAUCUAAGUAGGCAGUUUCUUUUCCGUGAUUGGGACAUUGGUCAGGCCAAAUCUUCCGUUGCUGCUUCUGCUGCUGCAUUAAUAAAUCCUCGUCUCAAGGUUGAAGCAUUGCAAAACCGUGUGGGUCUGCAGACAGAAAAUGUAUUUGAUGACACCUUCUGGGAAAAUCUGACUGUUGUCAUUAAUGCCUUGGACAAUGUCAAUGCAAGGCUAUAUGUUGAUCAGCGGUGCUUGUACUUCCAAAGGCCAUUACUUGAGUCUGGGACCUUAGGUGCCAAAUGCAACACUCAGAUGGUGAUUCCCCGGCUCACUGAAAACUAUGGUGCUUCACAAGAUCCACCUGAGAAACAAGCACCAAUGUGCACUGUGCACUCUUUCCCCCAUAAUAUUGACCAUUGUUUGACUUGGGCUCGAUCUGAGUUCGAGGGUUUGCUCGAGAAGAUUCCUGCUGAAGUCAAUGCCUAUCUUUCAAAUCCAGUUGAAUACGCUGCGACAAUGAUCAAAGCUGGUGAUGCACAGUCAAGGGAUACACUGGAACAUGUACUCGAGUGUCUUGACAGUGAAAAAUGCGAGACUUUCCAGGAUUGCAUUACCUGGGCACGUUUAAAAUUUGAAGAUUAUUUUUGCAAUCGAGUGAGGCAAUUGAUUUACACAUUUCCAGAAGAUGCUGCAACCAGUACCGGUGCUCCAUUUUGGUCUGCACCAAAGCGAUUCCCUCAUCCUCUUGAGUUCUCUGUUACUGAUCCUAGUCACCUCCACUUCAUUAUGGCAGCUUCCAUACUGAGAGCGGAGACAUUUGGUAUCCCAGUUCCUGACUGGGUUAAGAAUCUUAAGAAGUUAGCAGAUGCUGUUGAACAGGUGAUGGUGCCAGAAUUUCAACCAAGUAAGCAUGCUACGAUAGUUACAGAUGAAAAGGCUACUAGUCUGUCCACAUCACUGGGUGACGAUUCUGCUCAAAUUAGUGACCUUGUGAUGAGAUUGGAAAACUGCAGGCAGCAUCUGCCACAUGGGUUUAGGAUGAAGCCGAUUCAGUUCGAAAAGGAUGACGACACAAACUACCACAUGGAUCUGAUAGCUGGGCUUGCCAACAUGAGAGCAAGAAAUUACAGUAUCCCUGAGGUGGACAAACUGAAAGCAAAGUUCAUUGCUGGGAGGAUCAUUCCCGCCAUUGCAACCUCCACAGCCAUGGCUACAGGUCUUGUGUGUCUAGAGCUCUACAAGGUCCUCGACGGCGGACACAAAAUAGAGGACUACCGCAACACAUUUGCCAAUCUAGCUCUGCCCUUGUUCUCUAUGGCUGAACCAGUUCCGUGUAAAGUCUUCAAGCACCGUGACAUGAGCUGGACUAUCUGGGACAGGUGGGUCCUCGAUGGCAAUCCGACAUUGAGGGAAGUUCUCCAAUGGCUCAGUAAUAAGGGACUCGAUGCCUACAGCAUCUCCUACGAUAAGAGCAUGCUGUACAACAAUAUGUAUGCUGCUCACAGGGAGAGAAUCGACAGAAAGGUGGUGGAUUUGGUUAGGAAAGUAGCUGGGGUGGAAUUGCCUCCAAAACGGCGUCACGUUGAUGUGCUAGUGGCAGCGGAGGAUGAUGAAGGCAACGAUAUUGAUAUCCCACAGCUUUCUAUCUACUUCAAGUAGGCCGAUUCUAAACUGGAAUGGUUUGUCUGGUGAUUUGGAUGCUCUAAUGGCUGGGCAGAUCAUUUCGUGGGAGGUAUGCUUAACUUCGUGUCGAAUGAUGCUUUAUCAGAGUUCUUCUGAAAGGUAAUGUACAAAAGUUGGGAGAUGCAUUCAGUUCCUAAUUCUUCUGGAGUAGAGUGCUAAGGUUGAAGGUUAUGAGUGUCACCUAAAGCGAUACUAAUUCCGGCCCGAAACAUCUUCACUAACUUGAGAUUAACUCAGAGUUACCAUAUUGUCUAUGUUUCUAUCGCCAGUUAGUUUACAGCUUCGUGCGCCUACUUGUAUUGAAUUGUUUUUAAUCACGAUGUGCACUAUAGACACAUUGAUAUUACAGAAAAAGGAGAAUAACCUAUAUAUAUACCAUUUGAUAAAUGGAAAACAUGAUAAUUACUUG